AUGGCUAACUCCAAGUCCAAACUCCUCCCAACUCAAAACCUCUUCUCUGCUUUCCUAAUGAUCUUCAUAUUUUCCCUCUUGUUAAUUACAAGUGUGAAAUCAGAUUCACUUUCUUUCAGCUUCCCCACUUUUGAGCCAGGUGUUAGAAAUAUCGUUGUCGACGGUGAUGCCAACACAACCGGUGGAAUAUUACAACUGACUAAUAAGGGUCCAGUAACUCAACACAGUGUUGGGCUAGCUGGAUUCUUUGGAGCAGUUCAUAUCUCUGACAAAAGCAGAGGGAGGAAUGCAGAAUUUGCCACCGAGUUCUCGUUUAUUGUGAACCCUUUGGGUUCACGAUCUCAUGGCGAUGGGUUCACCUUCUUUAUAGCAUCAAUCGAUUUUGAUUUCCCAGACAAUUCAAGUGGUGGAUUCCUCGGACUUUUCAAUGAAAAAACAGCCUUCAACAUCUCCAAAAACCAAAUCGUUGCCGUUGAGUUCGAUAGCUUUAGAAAUGAUUGGGACCCCAUAUUUGCAAAUUCUCCUGAUCAAUCUCAUAUAGGAAUCAACAUCAAUACCAUUAGGUCGGUGGAAACUACGCCAUGGCCACUGGAUAUUUCACAAGGAGCAACAGGAUUGGCACGCAUACUCUACGAUGAUGCCUCCAAACUUCUGAGUGUCUCUGUAAGUUAUCCAAGUAAUAUUGUGGAAUGGGAAGCUACUAUAUCGUAUCCCAUUGAUUUUGUCUCUCUUCUAUCGGAAUGGGUCCUAGUCGGUUUCUCAGGUUCCACCGGCGACUUGGUUGAAACACAUGACAUUCUUUCCUGGUCCUUCUCUUCGUUUUUGUAG